CCUUCUCCUCCUGUCCCUUAGCUGGAGGGAGGCAGGCAGCGAUUCGAGGGGCGUCCAAGCGGCAGCGCGGGCACGCUCCUCUCGGGAACUGGCCGACGUGGAGAGGGAGGACCCAGAUCCACACUUCUCUUGAUUGCUGUGGCCAGCCGUCCCUUCUCGCCAUGUCCCAUAGCAGGCAUCGUGCCGAGGCCCCGCCGCUGCAGCGCGAGGACAGCGGGACCUUCAGUUUGGGCAAGAUGAUAACAGCUAAGCCUGGGAAAACACCGAUUCAGGUAUUGCACGAGUACGGCAUGAAGACCAAGAACAUUCCAGUUUAUGAAUGUGAAAGAUCCGAUGUGCAAGUACACGUGCCCACUUUCACCUUCAGAGUAACCGUUGGUGACAUAACUUGCACAGGUGAAGGUACAAGUAAGAAGCUGGCGAAGCACAGAGCUGCGGAGGCCGCCAUAAACAUUUUGAAAGCCAAUGCAAGUAUUUGCUUUGCAGUUCCUGACCCCUUAAUGCCUGAUCCAUCCAAACAGCCGAAGAACCAGCUGAAUCCAAUUGGCUCAUUACAGGAAUUAGCAAUUCACCAUGGCUGGCGACUUCCUGAAUAUACCCUUUCCCAGGAAGGAGGACCGGCUCAUAAGAGGGAAUACACCACGAUCUGCAGGCUUGAAUCAUUCAUGGAAACUGGAAAGGGGGCAUCAAAAAAACAAGCCAAGAGAAAUGCUGCUGAGAAAUUUCUCGCCAAGUUUAGUAAUAUUUCUCCAGAGAACCACAUUUCUCUAACGAACGUGGUUGGACAUUCCCUAGGAUGCACUUGGCACUCCUUGAGGAAUUCCCCUGGUGAGAAGAUCAACCUCCUGAAAAGGAGCCUCCUCAGUCUCCCGAACACAGACUACAUCCAGCUGCUUAGUGAGAUUGCCAGCGAGCAAGGCUUUAACAUAACGUAUUUGGAUAUAGGUCAAUUGUGGAUGGGUGGCCAAGCCUCAAUUGGACCGACCAGAACCCAAGAUUUUGUCUUAAACUCCUGAUAAUAAUGACAGUGGACAUUUGAUCCACAACUUCAGUAGCAGUUACCCAAGGAAGCUAUCUCAACCCUCUGCAGCAGUCAGCCAUAAUUGCUAACCACUAACUCAGCUGCUACAUUCCCUGUUUCCUGCUCCUCUUCCAAUGAAGGAUCGACAGGGAAAGUCAAAUUUUCUCCUCAAAUCAAAUAUAUUGGCAUGCCUUGCCUUUAGUUAGUUUGCUUGAGUUUCUACCAAUGGGCGAGAAGGACGCCAUUUUUCCUGUAAUAGACAUUGUCACCAAUGGCCUCUGUUCUCAUUUGAGGACCUUCCCUUGUCUCCACUUGACUUCACUGUUCACCUGGUGAUGUUGCCAAUAGUGGUUGGUAAAAGUUGAUACACAUUUUUGCAUGAAUUGUGUAUUCUUCAUUGAUUUUUGUGAGAAACACAUUCAGCACUUAACUGUUUAUUGUGUAUGUACUUUUUUGUUUUGUUUUUUAGAUAAAGUCUCACUCACUUUUUAUGAACUAAUUAUGUAGACCAGGCUGGCCUCCAACUCAAAGAGAUCCUCCUGCUUCUGCCUCCCAAGUAUGUAGUUAACGGCAUGCCUGGAACAUAAAUGCUCCUUAUAAAGCUAACUUGUUAAGGGUGAAUAUUUUUAACUGGCAAACUAGAAAAUGACCCAUAUGCUUUAGCCAUUUUCCUGCUCCUGAGACCCAUGUUCCACUCUGAUUCCUGCAAAUACUUCAGUUGAGUGGAAUUCUGCUUGGCCAAAGCCAUGACCCAUUCCUGCAUAAUAAUCUGUGAUAAGCAUUAUAGCAAAUGAAUAAAUAAAUAAGUAGAGGGAGUAAUGCUCCAUCCCUCCCUUGACCAAUGUCUCAUACAGAGCCUGUGUGGCCAGGAGGACCUGAGGUCCCACUUCUUAGUGGGCAGUCUGCAGAAAGAGGGACAUGGCUACUAAUCUAGACCCUGUUCCUUGUCUUAUCUUGAGCCCAUAGGUCUGGGCCAUCCACAGUCUUCUGAGUGGCAGUGAUGGCAUGGACCGUGGUUGUCAUGGAUGACCUUGGCCAGCGGGGCUAAGCAGUUCUCACCCUGUUUCUAAAGAGGGCACUUCACAGAAGGGGCUGAGACAUGCCUUAGUUAGGGUUUCUAUUGUUUUGACAAAACACCAUGACCAAAAAGCAAGUUGGGAAAGAAAGUGUUUAUUUGUUUUUUUUUUUUUUUUUACUUCUAGUUCAUAGAGGAAGUCAGGACAGGAACUCAAGCAGGGCUGGAACCUGGAAGCAGGAGCUGAGGCAGAGACCACUGAGGGGUGCUGCUUACUGACUUGCUUCCCUCCGCCUCCUCCCCACCUCCCAGCUUUUCAGCUUGCCUCCUUAUAGAACCCAGGACUAGCAGCCCAGGAACAGCAUUACCCACAAUGGGCUGGUCCUUCCCCUACUGAUCACUAAUUGAGAAAAUACCUUAUAACUGGCUCUCAUGGAGGCAUUUUCUCAACUGAGGCUCUUUCCUCUCUGAUGAUUCUAGCAUGUGUCAAGUAAAUACCCCAAACCAGCCAGUACACACCAGUUGCGUAAAUCUUGAUAUAGGAACACAAGAAAUAUAACAAGAUAAUAGUAUCAUUCCUAAGAGAUUAUAGCUCUCUGGUAACAGGUUGCAAAGAAAUUUGUGUAUUCCAUGUGUGCUGGGUGACUUUUAUGUCAACUUGACUUGAGCUAGAGUCACUGGCAAGGAGGGAGCCUCAACGGAGAGAAUGCCUCCAUAAGAUUGGAAUAUAGGCAGUCCUGUGGGGCAUUUCCUUAAUUGGUGGGUUUUGAGGGAGAGUCUAGCCCUUCAUGGAAGGGUCCACUCCUGGGCACAGGUCCUGGGUUCUAUAAGAAAGCAGGCUGAACAAGCCACGGGGAGCAAGCCAGUGAGCAGCAUCCUUCUGGGGCCUCUGCACCAGCUCUUGCCUCUGGGUUCCUGCACUGUUUGAGUUUCUGUCCUGACUUUCUCCGAGGUUUCCCCAUCACUUAUUAUAAGCCAGAUACACCCUUCCACACUAGUUUGCUUUUGUUCAUGAUGUUUCAUUUCAGCAGUAUAACCCUAACUAAGGCAAUGUGUCUGGUAAACAUUUUGAAAAGUAUAUCAUAUGUCUGAUGAACAUAUUAAAAAGAUCACACAUUACAACCAAGUGGUUUCAUCCCAGUGAUAUGACAUUGGUUCAACAUAUGCAAAUCAGUAAUAUAAUGUACAUCAUCAGUCAGAAGAAUAGGAAGGUUAAUUCAGAAAUGUUCUCUGCCAGCUUCCUGUACUUUGAAUAUCAGGAAGAAUGCUUUGUGAUACUUUGGAUGGCUGAUCUGCAGAGAUCUUGUACAGGUAGAUUUUUAUAGAGGGAAUAUUAGCAACAUAUAAUAAAUAUAACAAUAAAUGUAACAGCACUUUAUGCUAUAUGGGUGGGAAGAGAAUAAGAAAAGAGCAAUGGAGAGAUGUUUUGCUUUUGUUUCUCUUUGGCUUUUGUUUAUUUUUAAGACAUGGUGUCAUUUAGAACUCAUGGUCCUGGAACUCUGCAGACCAGGCUGGUUGGUCCUCCAUCCUCUGCCUCCUGAGUCCUGGGAUUGAAGGGAUGAGCCACUAUGCCAGGCUAUAACUGAGAGCAUUCAAAAAAAUGAAGCUUAAAAUAGAACCUCCAAAUACUGUCACAGCAUGAAGAGAACCCCAACACUGUCACAGCAUGAGAGAACCCCCGACACUGUCACAGCAUGAGAGAACUCUCAGAGACACAGGAGAGAAUUAAGCAUUUGGGAGGCUUGGAGGAAGAAUGGCUGAAUGUGGAGGGCUUUGCUUUUCCUGGAGAGAAGAAUUCCCUUAUAUAUUUCCCUCUGAAUAUCUUAAGAGUGUUCUAACAUACUGAGUAGAGAGAUGGGGAAAGCUUGUGCUUGAUAAAUUUUAAAAUGAUGCACAAUUUUAGAACACAGGAAAGAGGCUGACUCACCUCACCGUGCUUGCUUGGAGGGUAGCUUGCUUACUAAGAUCUGGAGAGCUCGGAAAAGGAUUUGUUUUCACCUCUACCUUCCCUGUUUAAUCUAGUUGUGGUGGCUUCUCUUGAUUGUUAGCUGGACUACAUCUGGAAUAGUUCUGUUAGCUGAACCUACAUGGAAACGCAGGCAAACAGCAGUGCACAUCUGGAGACUGCCUGGCCAACCAGUUUGAGUCUGGCCAAUCUACUUCCUUUAAUGCUCAGCCUAGGCCACCCAGAGGCUUUCUUUAUGAGCAGAUUGCAGACACAAAUUCAACUGUGUUUAUCUUGCUGUGUCAUCUAAUUUCAUAGCCAGUGAGAUUAAACCUAAAUGAAGAAACAGCUACCUACAAACCAACAUAGCUCUGUGAAGCUGGGAAUACAGAAGUUUGCUUAUGUAUAUGAGCUAGUGUUAGCUCUCUGGCAUGACUUUGUAUUUGGACAAGGUGACAUAUGACAACCGGAAAGCCUUAUUUGAGGAUUUGCCUACGUCAGGUUGGUCUGUGUGGGGUUGUCUUGAUUAGUAAUUAAUGCAGGAGGCCCAGCCCACCAUUGGCAACAUCAUCCUUAGGCACGAGGUCCUGGGUUAUACAAGAAAGCUAACCAAGCAUGAACCUAGGAGUGAGCAAGUAGCAUUUCUCCAUGGUUCCCGCCCUGACUUCCCUAUAGUGAUAGACUAUAUGCUAGAAGAGUAAGGUGAAAUAAACCCUUUCCCCCCUAUAUUGCUUGUAGUCAGAAUGCUUUUACUAUAGCAACAGAAUGAGACUACUAUGAUCACAAACUCUGCCAAAUAAAGUCUCGCCUGUUGCGUCGA